AUGUCAUCGAACGCUGCUCAUCAAUCGAAUACUAAUGCUCAAAUUAAUGAACCACCACGUUAUGAUAAAGAUCGUACUACUGAAGGUGUUCCAAUGAAUGCUAAUGAAUUGGCCAAAAAAUGUACAUCACAAAAUUGUGGUCAUGAUGCUGUUGGUGGUGGUACACAAGAAACACGUAAUAAUGAUUCUAGUAAUCGAAAAUAG